CGCAGCGCGCGCCAGACGGCUAGCUCUGCAUCGUCAUUGAUUGUAAGCGAAGCAUGGUUUCUGUGGAAAGAUGUAAGCCCUGAAACUGAUUCAUUCUCAAUGUGGCGUCGCUUCAAAAUGCCUCAGAGUCGGCUCAUGAAACCCUUAGUGGUUUUAGCAUUACCGGGAAUGUAUCUCUUUUAUAAAUAUAACCAGUACAAACGCCAACAAGCGGAGCAGCAUCGACGGAAGGUCACAGAAAAAGAACUCCAGCAUCUCAAUCAGAAAAUUGACAAGUUAUUAGCCCGGUUAGAGGAACACGAGGGUGACCCAACCCACCACCAUCACCAUCACCACCAUGUGGAUACUACAGAAGAAGAUUGUCAAUAUAUCUCAGAAAGAGCAACAAUACAGAUGUGAGCCCUAUUUAAGGGGCAAGUUGGCCGUUGCGAUAUGUUGGCUUUUCAUACGUAAAGUGGCUUCCAGCAGGACUGUGACUUUUCCAGACGGGAUCAAUGAACUAUCAGCAGCAGGAAACAGUGCACUAGAACGGAAUGUAACCAAAGGCCAGCCUGAAAUUUACAAGAUGCUACAUGGUGGCGCGUCCAUGGUGUGUGUCAUUUGUCUCGGUGCUAAGGCGACAAUGCAGACGCAACCAUGCGGCCAUCGUGUCGUGUGUCGGAAAUGUUUCGUCAAGACGAUACAAGUUGCAGUUUCUCAACGGUGCCUGCCCCUCCGCUGUGUCAUCUGCCGGACACGAAUCCUCAAGCUAAAGCAACAGUCAUCCACGAGCAAUCACAUCCCACUCAUAUCAUCAUUCUUGAACAGACAGACAAACCGGGUACAUCCGAAGUGAGGGAAUAACGGAGAGACAGAUGGAACAAAUUUACAUAACGCCAUGUCUAAUUGAAGUAGGAACGAGAGUUGAUCUAGAGACACUUUUAGAGUGUGCGCAUGUUUGAUCAUUUUCGGUUCUCGUGAAGUCUCGUGGCCGACGUUUUUCUCUUGUCCUCUUAGAGGCAUUGUGGGCAGUCUGGUCACGGGACUGGCAGUGCGUGCCACGCCCGGUUGCUGGUUUAAUCGAGAAGCUCAUCGUUGGCUGUGCCAUUUGAUGUUAAUGAUAUGCAACAAUGUUUUGCUUCUGCAGUACUUGUAUUGGAGUUUGCCCUGGGCUUUGAUUUGAACCCAUAGAGUCAGGUUUGCUCAUUGUGAAAUUUAAGACUGAUUGAAAGUUUUAUAUUUGAUCUACUAAAUCCAUUACAUGCAAUUUGAAAUGGAAGACUUUGAUAACGUGAAUAUCUGGUUUUCUCAUUUGAAAUUUGAAGUUUGAGAUAAAUUAACGAAUUUCAUUAUCUGAUAUUCUAUUCAAAAUUUCACAACUUAAGUUACUAGGAUGCUUCAUAUGGGUUACAUAAGCUCGGGUAACUCAGUAAAACGAUACAUAUGCAAGAAGCAAAAAAAGUAAUAGCAAGGGAUUUCUCCUACGAGACAAAUAGCAGUUGCCAGACCCACCAAAAGGAUUUGAAAACCUUGAAAUUGAAUUUGAAAUUUUCCAAUUAUGUAAUCGUGCAUUGAAAAUGAAUAACAACGCUGUUGUCUAGAUAAACAUAAGUGCACCAUACAAGCAAAUCUUCGCCUAGUUACCACACUAUUGUCAUAUUAAUUUCUAAUUACUAGUGAGCCACAGAUAAAAAAAAUUCAACAGCAAACCACACCUUUAGAUUAUAACUAAUGAUCUUGUAUUUGUGGCCUGAUCUCACUGCUAUGAGGAAAUCAACACUUUAGGUUUGAGAAUGUUUGAUAUUUUUGGUGGAUCUGACUCCUGUUCUUGACGAGGUUGUAUGAAGACAGACUAACGGGUACAUUUCAGUCAGCUAGAGUGGAAUCUUUAGACGUGUCAGAACUAUUGUGCUCAAAAACAGAAAUGUUAUCGAUGUCAGGUUCAAAUUGUACAAAUAUAGCUAUAGUACAAAUUCAACUAUCGAUUGCUUUUCAUGAGAUUAUACCUGAUUUUACUGCAACCUACACUGGCCAAUAACAACACGGAGCAAUGAGUUGAUAAAUUUAUAUAUAUAAUCUUUUGAAAAACAGCCUGAAUUUGUGUGUGGUUAGUUUCAUGUGUGUGCGAGUUGAGCUGAGCUUGAAAAUGGACGUCUUUCACAUGGAUUAUUUAAAGAUUUGUUAUAUCAUUAUGAUUACGCUUAUAUUAUUGUGAUAUUUGGUAUAUUUAUUGUGAAAAUAAAACGAAUACGUUUGAUGUUUUGUAGUGUAUUCAUCGUUUGGACAUAUUGCUGUAGGCCUACCUGCAGAAUUAAAGGAGCCACUGUAUUAUAAUUCACUUCAAAUUAAGAUUUCUCUGAUUUCUGACCAAUAUUUUGUUGAUUUUCAAACUUCUUGUAGACACUUUCAACGUAUUCAACAAAAUCAUUUUUCCAUUUCAUUUUGUCUCUGAAAUUGUAUUCUGAGACCCCUGGCUCCUAUAAUUGGAUGACAACAGUAAUACAACACUAUUAUUAUUGAAUUCUUGGACUAGGAACAACAAACCAGACUUUGGGUUAAACAAAGUUUUACAAAAGUCAACCGACAUGGAGUAUAAAAAUGUUUUUAGUUGCGCGAUGACAUGACCAGUUGGUUGUUCCUGAUCCAAAUAAAAAGUUAAUGUUGCAUAUUUUUGUAGUUUUGUAUUUGGGAUAAGUUACCAUGGCAAAUAAUUCUCAAUGGGCUUUCAUUUAUAUGUUUUGUUUUGUUUGGGGGAGGGGUGUGGGGGUGUGGUUGCAGUCGUCAUAAGGAGGGUCGUGAUCCAACGGGAUGCCUAAUAGCGCACUGGUAUUUCACAUUGCUCUAUACUUCUGUUCCGUAUUAGCAUUUGUGUAUGUUGUGACCCAGACCCAGUGCUGAAAAUCACAUGUGAGUUGUGUUGGUAUGCCUAUCUCAAAUUAAGCCAUGCAGGAAAACCUAGAAAAGAACAGGGUAGAAUGAUUUUAUAGAGUGUAUUUUGUAAGUAAAUAUCAGUUUUGAUGGUGUAAUCAUUGCUUCCAUGUUGCUGGAAUUUAUUGCUUUAUUUGUUCAGAAGAGUACCACAGGGUUGAACUUUAUCUCCCUGUUUAUUUAUCCUCUUGGUAAUAUGCUUAUUUAUUUAUCAUUCAUGGCGGAAAUAAUGACAAAGUGAACCAUUGACCUAUGGUUGUGACGGCCUCUUAGAUAAAAGACUAUCCUCCUCCUGAUUAUCUCCGAUGACAGUCCAUUUCAGCUAAUUGAUUUGUAAACGAAUAAAAAAUUUAGAUGACUGUAAAUGAUGUAUGUAAGUGAUGAUGUCUGUGUGAGCACACUUUCUCUUAUCUUCACAUUUUCAAGAUGGUAUAUUGCUUUACGAGCUGUAGUAGUUUAACCUGGGCCCUCACAGAUUAAGGGGUGAUGUAAGAAAUCAGUGUUGUGUUUCACCGCAGUGAUAUGCAUUAUCACUUUGCCACAUUGAACAGCAAAACUGCAGAAAAGAACGUGUCAAUCAGUGUCGCACAUCAAUUACUUUACUGCAGUUACUGGAGUACAACUUGGCACCAAAAACAUACUAAGUUUGGUAGUUUGAUACGGAACUAAGUUUUGACUCUGCCCCGUGAUUACUUCGUCUUUGGCUUCAUGAUUCCUCAUAGAAAUGAUGCGGUUUUAUAUUUCCCCCCGAAAAUUGUAUUGAGUUUUGAGUGUCCCGAACUGACUGCAUUGAACAGACUCAGGGGUCAAAUCUCUAAAGACUGAAGUUAGGAGUUUAUAGUAUAAUUCUUUCCGAGGACAAUCUGGCAGAAUGUCUGUUGGUAAUGAAGAACAAAUAAAGUGUACAGAGCUUGUUUAGA